GUUCCUCCCAGAAGACCGUGCCUGGUUUUUGGCUCUCCCUACAAGACAGGACAAACUGGAGAGGAGGAAGAUGUUAAGGGGCUGGAGCACCUGGUUGGAGCAGAGGCCAGUGGCAUCAGCUUUGCUCAUCCUGGAGCAGCGAAGGCUGAGGAGGCAGCUGGCUGGGGUCCUCAGCCACUUGAAAGUGAAACUGCAGUGAAAGGACAGGAGAGAACAGUUGCAGCAUCAAAAAAUAAAGAUGGAAAAGAGCAGAGUGAAGCUAUGUCACCAUCGGAGGAAGAAGAAACUUUCUCUUGGCCUGGUCCCAAAACUGUCGUGCUAAGGAGGACAUCUCAGGGUUUUGGCUUCACCUUAAGACACUUCAUAGUUUACCCUCCAGAAUCUGCAGUUCAGUUUUCUUUUAAAGAUGAAGAGAAUGGGAAUAGACAAGGAAAACAAAGAAAUAGACUGGAGCCAAUGGAUACCAUAUUCGUUAAACAAGUUAAAGAGGGUGGGCCUGCUUUUGAAGCUGGACUCUGCACAGGUGACAGAAUUGUAAAAGUCAAUGGAGAAAGUGUUAUUGGGAAGACGUAUUCUCAAGUCAUUGCUUUAAUACAGAACAGUGACAGCAUAUUGGAACUUAGUGUUAUGCCAAAAGACGAGGACAUCCUUCAAUUGCUGCAGUUCACAAAGGAUGUCACAGCACUGGCGUAUUCCCAAGAUGCCUACCUGAAAGGCAAUGAAGCCUACAGUGGUAACGCCCACAACAUACCUGAACCACCGCCAAUAUGUUAUCCACGCCUGACAUCCACAGCUUCUGUUAUGGCACAAGCUGGUGAUAAGCUAUCUUCUGACUUCUCGCUGGGGAAACAGCAAGUCGGUAGACCAGUACGGGCAUUGACACAGCCAGAGAGGGCCUACAGAAUGGAAAUACAAGUGCCUCCAUCACCAACAGACAUUGCAAAAUCAAAUACAGCUGUGUGUGUUUGCAAUGAAACUGUAAGGACUGUUAUUGUGCCUUCUGAGAAGGCUGUAGAUUUGCCAUCUUGCAGGAAUAAUCAUACUGGUCCGUCACACAGAACAGAGGAAGUAAGAUAUGGCUUAAAAGAUCAAACCAGUCUAAAAGCACGGACCACAUCACCAUCUUCUUCAGUGUCCACUGCCGUUGUACUUCCUCAGACUCCAAUAACAAGGCCAGUUGAUCCAACUGGAACACUAAGUAAAGCUUCAAAUUAUGUAGUAUGUCCAGAAGGAAUCCCAAGCACUAGACCUCCUGCUCAAGCCACAGACUCGCCCUCAGUCUCUAGUAAUCAUUACAGUUCUCCAACGUCCCACCAGCAUAUAGACUGGAAGACCUACAAAACUUACAAAGAGUACAUUGAUAAUAGGCGCAUGCACAUGUAUGGCUCCCGAACAAUACAGGAAAGGUUGGAUAGUUUAAGAGCAGCUUCUCAGAAUACAACUGAUUAUAAUCAAGUGGUGCCAAAUCGCACUGCUUCACAGGUACGGCGCAGGAGCACCUCUCAUGACAGGGUUCCACAGUCUGUUCAGAUCCGGCAGAGAAGUGUAUCCCAGGAAAGACUUGAAGAUCCCGUAUUGAUGAAAGAGUGGCCACGAAGUGCUUCGCAGGAUACACUAACUUCACCUUCAGUUAAUGCCAGGAAUCACAGGGCUCAGUCAUGGGAUUAUCUCAGCAAACAGAGUGAAGGGCUGGAAAAUUUUCAUUCUGAGAAUCUGAUUGCAGAUACUAAUGGAGAGAGGAGAAAGACUUACAAGUGGACAGGGUUUACUGAACAAGAUGAUCGACGAGGUAUUUAUGAGAGAUCUAGACAGCAUGCAUUUCAUAUGUCCCUUCGAGGUCAAAAUUUUUCUAUGGCUCCGAGUGCUUAUAUUUCAGACAACAGGAGAACAGGUAGUAGAGCUUCUCUGCCUGGUUCUCAUUUUCAGAAAGUUCCAACAGAUAUAAAAGUGUUGCAGCCUUCUCGAGAUUUUCAAACUCCUGGGGGAGUUUCAAAACCUACAACUGUUUCACAGGAGAGAUUGUCCCUCACACCAGCCAGAAGUUCUAAAAGUAGCUCUUUGAAGAACUCUGCUCCCUAUGCAGCGAAACCAUCUUUUCCCCUUAACCAGGGCCUGGAUGCUGUUGCCAGCAAAGACCAAAGAACAGUAAAUCACUUGCAUCAGAGUGGUCUGUUAAACCAACAGUCAAGGAUCCGAGCAGAAGGUGCCCCAGAUCACAAAACAGAAACUGGCAAAACUAUCCAACCUUCCUCUCUGUCUCUAGCUUCCACCAAACUUGUUCAUCCAACAAGUGAGAGUUCAACUACCUCUGACAAUGUAGAUGGUUCAAUCAGACAAAAGAUUCAUAAUUUUGAAAGGGAAGAUAUCCAGGAGCCUGAAAUUCUGCAAACGGAUGUCCAGGAAAAUGACAAAGACACAGUGGUCAUGCGGGACAAAUCACCUUCUGGCCACCAAACUCCACAGCCUUUGAGGCAUCAGUCCUACAUUCUUGCUGUAAAUGACCAAGAGGCGGCCUCAGACACUACCUGUUGGUUACCUAACGAUGCUCGGAGAGAAGUCCACAUAAAAAGAAUAGAAGAAAGGAAAGCAUCAGGUUCCAGCCCACCCGGUGACUCCUUGGCUUCUAUUCCGUUUAUUGGUGAGUUAAACUAUUCCAGUGUACAUCAAACGCUUUCCUCUGCUAAAGGUGAUGGAGAGCACUGUGCCAG